UUGUGGUGCGCGUUCACAGCACCAACCUUGGCUCGACGUCAGAGGCUGUGCAGCAGUGCAGUAUAAUGGGAGAGCAAGCAACACAGAGAGCCUCAUAGGGGGGCUGCAUAUCGCUGCUGUAUCCUCUGCUUGGCGCUCUCCAGUAGCCUCACCUAAAGCCCGUGCCCGGGCUCCCCCUACUCCACGCCGGAUCCGUACCCUUCGACAUGGAUGUCCCAUCAUCCCUCGACCCCGAGGAUUGCCGUUUCUUAGCGCAGUGAAGAGGGAGACGGACGACAGGAGGACGAAAUUAUGCCGGGAUCGCGAAUGGAUUUGGGGAAAGCGCGAGUGACCAUGCCGUGAUCUUGCACAUCUAGGGCCGCCGAUACCCCUGCCUUUGCCCAACAGCCGUAGAAGAAUCACGGGGGAAUCAAACCCGCCGCGCACCGGGGAGGAAUUAUCCACUGUGCAUUUGCUUUGAAAACAUCAUGAAGAUUACCUCCCAUCAUCUGAUGAUAACCGGUCUCGCUAUCAGGUUCAACCUCAGGCUGAUCCCGCUUCUGCUGCUGUUUCUUGGAUACACUCGCGGGAUGCCGCACGUUCUAAGAUUUGGGGGAAUUUUUGAAUCCAUUGAGAGUGGCCCCUCCGGAGCAGAGGAAUUAGCCUUCAAAUUUGCCUUGAACACAAUCAACAGGAACCGCACAUUGCUCCCGAACACCACACUGACCUAUGACAUCCAGAGAAUAAAUAUCUUUGAUAGCUUUGAGGCCUCCCGAAAAGCAUGUGACCAGCUUUCUCUUGGAGUGGCAGCCAUUUUUGGCCCCUCACACAGCUCUUCUGCCAACGCAGUCCAGUCCAUCUGCAACGCUUUGGGAGUGCCCCACAUCCAGACCAAAUGGAAGCAUCAAGUGUCUGACAACAGAGACUCAUACUAUGUCAGCCUGUAUCCUGACUUCUCCUCCCUCAGCAGAGCCAUCCUCGACCUGGUGCACUUCUUCAAGUGGAGAACUGUCACUGUGGUCUAUGACGACAGCACAGGUACAGGUCUCAUUCGACUGCAGGAGCUGAUCAAGGCUCCGUCACGAUACAACAUUCGUUUGAAGAUCCGGCAGCUGCCCACAGAGACCAAGGACGCCAAGCCACUUUUGAAGGAGAUGAAGAAGGCAAAGGAGUUUCAUGUCAUCUUUGAUUGUGGACACGAGAUGGCUGCCUGGAUUCUGAAACAGGCCCUGGCCAUGGGUAUGAUGACUGAGUACUACCAUUAUAUUUUUACUACCCUGGACCUUUUUGCCCUCGAUAUGGAACCGUAUCGCUACAGUGGCGUUAACAUGACUGGGUUUCGCAUUCUCAACACGGAAAACUCUCAGGUGUCAUCAAUCAUCGAGAAGUGGUCAAUGGAGCGGCUACAAGCCCCACCCAAACCAGACUCAGGCCUGCUGGAUGGAUUUAUGACAACGGACGCAGCUCUGAUGUACGACGCAGUGCAUGUGGUGGCGGUGGCAGUGCAGCAGUCGCAGCAAAUCACCGUCAGCUCUCUGCAGUGUAAUCGCCACAAGCCGUGGCGCUUUGGAGGUCGUUUCAUAAACCUUAUCAAAGAGGCUCACUGGGAUGGUUUGACGGGACGCGUUCUAUUCAACAAGACCAAUGGGCUCAGAACAGAUUUUGAUCUAGACGUCAUCAGCCUAAAGGAGGAAGGGCUGGAAAAGAUUGGAACGUGGGAUCCUCCCAGCGGUCUAAAUAUGACAGAGACUCACAAAAGCAAGACAUCCAACAUCACUGACUCCCUGGCAAACAAAUCCCUGCGUGUAUCCACCAUUCUGGAGGAGCCGUAUGUGAUGUUCAAGAAAUCGGACAAGCCUCUAUAUGGGAAUGACCGCUUUGAGGGGUAUUGUAUUGACUUGUUGAGAGAACUCUCUGGUAUCCUUGGGUUUCGCUACGAGGUGCGAUUAGUGGAAGAUGGGAAGUAUGGAUCACUGGACGAGGGUACAGGCCAGUGGAACGGCAUGGUGCGGGAGCUCAUGGACCAUAAAGCAGACCUUGCUGUUGCUCCUCUGGCCAUCACCUACGUCAGGGAGAAAGUCAUUGACUUCUCAAAGCCCUACAUGACCCUGGGGAUAAGUAUCCUAUACCGCAAGCCCAACGGCACCAAUCCGGGGGUCUUCUCUUUCCUCAACCCGCUCUCUCCGGAUAUCUGGAUGUAUAUUCUGCUGGCUUGCUUGGGUGUCAGUUGUGUGCUGUUUGUCAUAGCCAGGUUUAGCCCAUAUGAGUGGUACAACCCGCAUCCAUGCAACCCAGACUCAGAUGUAGUGGAAAACAAUUUCACACUGCUCAAUAGUUUCUGGUUUGGAGUUGGGGCUCUCAUGCAGCAAGGCUCAGAGCUCAUGCCCAAGGCCCUGUCAACUCGAAUAGUCGGAGGCAUCUGGUGGUUUUUCACCCUCAUCAUCAUUUCGUCAUACACAGCCAACUUAGCUGCUUUCCUCACUGUGGAGAGAAUGGAGUCUCCGAUAGACUCUGCCGAUGACCUGGCUAAGCAAACGAAAAUCUUAUACGGACUGGUGGAGGACGGUGCCACCAUGACAUUCUUCAAGAAGACAAAGAUCUCUACGUAUGAUAAGAUGUGGGAGUUCAUGAACAGCAGGAAGCAGUCUGUGAUGGUGAAGAGCGUCGAGGAGGGCAUCCAACGUGUUUUGACCUCUGAUUAUGCUUUCCUUAUGGAGUCCACCACUAUUGAGUUUGUUACCCAACGCAACUGCAACCUCACACAGAUUGGAGGCCUCAUAGACUCCAAAGCGUAUGGAGUAGGAACACCUAUGGGCUCUCCGUACAGAGACAAGAUCACAAUAGCUAUUCUUCAGCUCCAAGAGGAAGGGAAGCUGCACAUGAUGAAGGAGAAGUGGUGGAGAGGUAACGGCUGUCCAGAGGAGGAGAGCAAAGAGGCGAGCGCUCUUGGAGUGCAGAACAUCGGGGGGAUCUUCAUCGUGCUGGCCGCAGGGCUGGUGCUUUCGGUGUUUGUUGCUGUAGGGGAGGUCCUUUACAAGUCCAAGCAGAACGCCCAACUGGAAAAGCGAUCAUUCUGCAGUGCUAUGAUGGAUGAGCUGCGUGUUUCUCUGAAGUGCCAACGUCGUCUCAAACAAAAGCCUCAGCCGCCCGCCAUCGUCAAGACGGAGGAGGUCAUUAACAUGCACACGUUCAACGACAGGAGACUCCCAGGGAAGGAAACCAUGGCCUGAAAACUGACAACACCCUGAAACAUUCCCCUCAAUUAAAAUCACCGAGGGGAAACAGGGGUCAAAUUAACGCAGACUAGAACAGGGGCUGAGGUUAGCAGUAUCAACAGGAUUCCUUUUUGAACCAACAUGCUUAUGUAGACCGAUGUUUCCUGUGGAAAUACAGAUACCUGAGAAGUGUCACCUCACUGUGACAAUUACUUUUUGAAGGGAGCUGGAAACGGCGGACUCUCUCCCAGGCUGGGCGGGUGACGGGCGUAAACCUCAAAAUGGAUUCAAGCAGGUUUGGGACAAAAACGUUUGCUGGUUCACACCAGAAGUGGAUUUAAACACAAACACACAUGUAUACACACGCACUCGUACUGUCGUUUCACACUCUUUACUGCUGUGCGUAAGGGAGGACUCAGUUUGAACGAUGAAUUCGGUUGUAGAUUUUCUGUUGUCGUCAAAGCCCUUUGUCUUACUUCCAUGUCUGUGGCCCCUUCCUUCAGUGGCUUGAGUUUCUCUUCAAUCAUUUAAAGCAAACACUAAUUUCAUACCAAAAAAUUAAAAAGUAGUCAACACCAUCUGGGUUAUUAUGAACUGAUGUAUAAAAGUGAUAAUUAGUUUGGAAUCAUCUAUGCUGAUCUUGUCAAAUACUGUCAUUUUCUUCUAUAUGUGCCAAAGUUCUGCCAUUGUGAAGAACUUCCUACCACGCCUGUUUCUGUUUUGACGCCUCUAGAAGCAAUGUAAUCUGUCAAGCUCCUGACUCAUGUCCGCCCUUAAACACUGUCAACGGUUUUCACUCUGUAUCGGUUGUUGUUUAAAAGGUGGAAUUUCUACAAAAGUGUUCGUUUUUGUACAAGAACAACAAAGUUUUGUAGUACUUUGUAUCAUAUAGUAGCCCCUACCGUGGACAAAAUAUGUAGCAGAUACCAAUUCAGCCCUCGGACUCUUGACAACAAAGCUUCAGGCUCUGCUGUGUGGAGUACAUUGCUUUCAUCAAUCUGCGAUUCAGUCUUUUGUCUGCCACUCUCACGGGGGCCAGCGGUACAUUCUGUUUGGGGACAAUGUAGUGGAUUUUGGUUGGGGAGAGCAAUAGAAUUGUAAAUGAAGAGUUCACAAAGUAGGCAAAGGCGGUGAUUCAUGCUGAGAAAUUCAGCUGUUGUCCUAUCAGCAAAGAGUGUGGGUAAAUAACAGUAGCUAAGAUGAGUCACCAUGAAAGACAUGGUAAAACAUGCAAAUGUUGCUUUUGUGGAAUAUAAAUACAGCCGUAGUUUUGUAGAUCUGUUGUACUACAAUGAAAUUCUUUUCUUUUUUUUUUUUUUUAAUGGUAUGUCCUAAAAGUUUUAUUUUUUAAACUAGUGCUACUAAUAGGUUCCACAUAUGCGUAUCAGAGUCUUAAGCAUAAAAAGUACUUUGCUUAAAUAACAUAAAUUAUAUGAACAGACACAAUUAAAACACUUAUUUUAGAAGAUUUCCUUCACUGAAAAGCUGUUUUCAGUUAUUAUAUAGUGUAUAUACUGCAAAUAUUUCUGACUUAGUUUGAAAAUUAUCACUUUUAGGACUCAUAUUUAGUGGCAUCUCAAUAAAUUAUAAUAUCAUUGAAAAGUUAAUGAAUGUGGCUUACAGCUAAACCAAAAAUCAGCUUCUCAUGAAAUUUUAAUAUUACAUAAGACCCAUAAAAAUACCCAGCUGUCCAUUAAUACACCUGGAUACAGCACUCUCUGAAUAUCCAGUUUGUUUAGCAAUUACCUUUGAUAGCUUCAUGUGCAGGAUGUCACUGAGUGUUUGUUUGACAACUGUCAAGUCCUUAAUCUACCCCAUGAUCUCAUAACAUCCCCAUAACACAACAUUUCUGCAUUUCAAAAUGCUUUUUUCUUACUCUGAUGAGAUCCCCGAGGUUUUUCUGAGAAACACAAUUUUGGAUGUUAUUAGCUGUAAGCCAUAAUCACAAAAUUACCAGAAAUAAACACUUGAAACAUAUUAGUCUCUGUGUAAUGAAUGUGUAAGAUGUGUCUCUCGCUUUUUUUUAAAUGUAGAAUUGCAAAUGAAUCCACUUUUCAGCGAUAAUCUAACUUACUGAGAUGCACCUGUAAGUGACCUCAAAAGUGAUCUGUAAUGAUGGGGGUGUGAGUCGUAUGAAUGUUGAAAACAGUGCAGCUGCAGUCAAUCGGAUGGUGGGUAUAAUCAGGAGCUGCGAGGCGCUCGUAUGUUGGAUAGUAAAUGUCCCACCUUAGCUCAAAAACCAGGCUGUGCUUCACUCAUCUUUCCUCGAGUGGGCUUCAUCAUCUUGAGAGCUUGAUGUUGAUGAUAGCUUGUGGGCUGAGCAAAAUCAUUUAUCCGCUAAUUGUCUCCAGAUGUGUGUUAUCUUCAUGACCUAACACAAGCGCAUUUGGUGCAACAACUCUUCCUGUCUGGUAACUCUGUUCCCUGUUGUGAAAUGACAAGCACACUUGGUAGGUUACUGCUCCCACUGCCCCUGUCUUGACCCGUUUGUUCAAUUCAUCUGGCAUUACAGGUGUUAGAAGACACUAACACCUACGCGCAGCCCUCUAAUGAUCAUACCUUCAUGGGUUAAUUUAAUAAUUAUAUAAAAACUGACGAGAGGGAUUAUGUAUUUAAGCUUUUGGUGAUCUACUAGUGUUGCUUGUCAUUUUCCAUAUAGCUAUAUCUAGUGGUGCAAACUAAUUGAAUUCCUGAAAACAAUCUUUAAUUGAUUCCAAAGGCUUAGCGGUAAAAUAAAAAUAAUAAGAAAAAAAGAAAAAAAAAACAAAGAAAACAAUGUGAGCUCAUGGAGUUUAACAUUGAUGCAAGGUUUUACAAAAACUGUCAUUAAAAAUGUCAUAACUGUA